ACCUGGCCUACUUCUUGUGCUUUUCCACAGCCUCCUUUCUGAGGAUGCCAUGCCUGCAUCUGUCCUGCUAUAAAAGAAACAAGCAACGCAUCAAGACUGUCCUCUCUUCUCUGCUGUAUGCCUUUCUGCAGAUAUGACUACAUAAAAGAGAGUUUAGUCUCCUUUGUUUUAGAUUCUCUGCAUCAAGUUUGUAUACCAAGGAAGAAAUUGCUUGUCCUGUGAAGCUACAAAAGCAAGACAAAGACACCUGCAGUUAUGAUGCACUCAAGAGCUUUCUUGCUGUUGGAAAGAGAGUUUAAGGAAUAUGAAGAAGCUAACAUCUUUGGCAUUUCUAUUUCUCCUGUGGGAGAUAACUUGAUGGAAUGGCUAGCUGAAAUCAAAGGACUGAAGGAUUCACUGUGGGAAGGAGCUGAACUGCAGCUGUCAGUGAAGUAUACUGAAGAUUACAACAAAGUCCCUCCAAGUAUAAAUUUCACUACUAUUCCUUUCCAUCCCAAUGUGGACCCAGAGUCUGGGAAACCUUGUGUGGAUUUUCUAGAUGACCCUACCAAGUGGGACCCAAAGUUAACAAUCAGUAGCAUCCUGCUAACAAUCCAGGUUUUGCUGUCUAAUCCAGUUUUGCAUAAUGCAGUGAACCUGGAGGCAGCUGAAAUGCUGCAGAAUCAUUAUUCGCUGUACAGAAAAAGAGUUAUACAGUGUGUCACAACUAGCCAGCACCUAGAAGCUAUUCCUAACAUUGUGGAAACGUCUGAGAGCAAAUUUUUCUCUUCACCUGAAGAACCUGCUCCUGGCCAAGUGAGAAAGGUUACAGACGUAUCAUAUGAAGAUUAUUAUUUAACAUGGAUUGAAAUAGCCACAUCAAAAACAGUUGAAAAUUUUAAAACUCCAGUGUUUGAAGACCCAAACUUCAUAGGAAAUCAUUAUGACUGGACGGCAGCAAAUGUGGUCAAAGGAGAAUGGGAUAUUAAUAUACAUCGACUUCUUAUUAAUCAAUUUAUUGAAAAACAGAAGAGACUAAAAUUGUUAGAAGGUCGGGAAAGCAGUCUUCAUAAACGAAGCACAACUCCAGUUUAUAUCCUGGUUUGGAGUAUGAGUCAGCUGUCAAGUUCCACAACCUUUAAAUCCAUAGGAGAUGCCUGCUAAUUAAUUAUGGCUGCUUUGUGGAACCAGCAUUGACAGUACUGUAUAAAAGGGCAUGGAGAUUGUGAGUUAAGCCAUAUUUCAGUUCCACAUUUCUCUGAUCCAUAUGCCAGUCUCCUUGGUCUUAUGUGAACUUACAGAACCAGGAAUCUUACCCUGUCCUCCUAAAUCCCAGUCAUGCUUAAGCAUAGUUCUACUCCUCAUGCUUUGCAGAAAUCCCACAACUUGAAACAUGAACACUCGCUUUCUUGCCUAUGUUAAGAGCACAGCUAUUAUGUUGUUUCCUCCUAGGAAUGAUCAAUCCAGUCCUGUUCUUUAAAGCAGUGAAACAAACUGGUAUGGAGCAAAUGCAAAAUAUCAGCCUAUAUUUGUGGAUGUAUCUUUAUGGAUAAAUACUACUAAGAAAUCCAUAUUUUCCUAUAAGGAAAAAAAUUCAUGUAAUGCUGUUGAUAUAUCGCUUCUCCAGGUUAAUAUCUUCACUGCAGCCAGAAUCAAAUUGCAGCAACAUUCUUGAGCUCAGUGUCCUCUAGAAGGCACUGUAUCACUGCAGGAUUCACAAACAUUUGGGUCCUUGUUCAAAAAAGAAACCCUUACUGUGUGUGUCUGCUUUGCCAUUGCUUGUUUCAAAGCCAGCUAUGCAGACCACUGUCCUGCUUUUAAUUGUUUAUGAACGGGUUUUUUUUACAGGAUUUUUAAUGAGGCACAGUACAUCCUCUUGUGGUUGAGGAGGAGGUUUAAUUGGAUAUACUGUAGUGGAAUGUGCCUGCGCAGGAACUUCUUAAAACAUUUUUACACAGGCAACUAAGAAAUGGCAUUAAAGUUGUGUCCUGUGAAGAAUUCUGACAUCUAAACUUCUGGAGAAAUUGUGGGUUAAAACUACUUUCGUGUUUUCAUAAAUAAAUGCUUUUAAAUGAAUAAUGUGUAUAUAAAAAUAGAACCACUAUGAAAGCUGUAGGAAAGAAAAAGAAAGCAAGGAUUCAUUGACUGCCAUAUAUAUGAAUCCUGAAAUACCACUGAAAAGACACAUUAUAUUAGCAUUAUUCACAGAAAAGGACAGAUUACUUAUUAUUAAAUUUUAGUGGUUAUACUGUACACAGUUUUCCUCUGAAUGCAAUCCUGAUCUCACUAAAGUCAGUAGUGAAGUGCUGCUUGAUUUUAGUGGUUCAGGAUUAUACUCUCUAUCUGCACAUUCUAAGGGGGAAACUGUGGAUGUACCAGUUAGGGAGUAAUCAACAUGACAGCUCAUCUUCAUGAGAUGUGCAAAUGGCAUUAUGGGAAAUACAUGGGCCCCCUCCAGUAACAUAGCAAAGAGUUAGGCAUGCUUAAACCCAUAGAAAUCCAUGGGAUUAAGAGGUAUUAGGUUAUGGUCCAGAUUUCCAAUCAAAACUAUGGGGAUUGGAGUAGUGUAAAUAGCCUUUUUCUGAGAUUACUGCAGAGAUCCAAAGACAUGGGGCCUCCUUCUUUGAUCUCCCCCUGCCCUCGCUCUAAAUUUUGUUUUGACAUUGUAAUAAUGACCUGAUGAGAAGAGGCAUACUGUGAGACUAUAACAUCUCUGUGAGACUAUAACAUCUUGACGAGAUGUGGCUAAUGGUGAUGGCAAGAUAAUGCUGGUAGUUAUGUUGGAGAAAAUCCAAGUACCUUGGUCAGUUUUUGCUGAGGAAUCUCUCUCUCUCUCUCUCUCUCUCUCUCUCUCUCUCUCUCUCUGGGGUGGGUGGGUUGAGGGGCACACAUGCAAUACAGUGCAGGAAGCACCAAAGAGCCUCCUGCAGCAUUAGUUAGUUCAGUGGUCAUCAAAACUAAUCCUACAGCAAAAUAAAGCAAAGCUAAGAGCAGAAUAUACAGAUUCUAGGGAACGAAAGGGAAACACUCAGACAUAAGGAGGGAGUCCUUGGCCCCCAUUUAUAAAAACAAAACAAAAAAGACACAUAUAACAAAAAUCAUGUUUGAAUGAAUUUUGCUAUUAUAGCAACCCUAUAUGACUCUAGAAGAUAUUCCCUACUUGCAAGAACCUCUAGUACAGGAAGAUUAAGUUAGAUCAGCACUCCUGUCAUUACCAAGUCGGAAGGCUACAGGAAUUGAUGGAAUAGCUACAUAAAUAUGGCAGGCAACAGAAAAGGAAACAGUCAAGGCUCUAGCCAAACUAUGCCAGCAAAUUUGGAGAAUGACACAGUGGCCCACAGAUUGGAAGAGGUCAGUCUACAUUCCCAUACCAAAGAAAGAAGACUUAACAGAUUGCACAAACCAUCUUACAAUAUCCUUAAUUUCACUUGCUAGCAAAAUAAUGCUCAGGAUCAUCCAAUGCAGAUUAGAGCCCUGCGUGGGAAAGGAAAUGUCAGAUGUUCAAGCUGGUUUCAGAAAAGGUCAAGAACAAAAGACAUCAUUGCUGUUGCAUGCUGGAUAAUUAAGAAAGCAAAAGAAUACCCAAAAGAACUCAAUAUGUGCUUUAUUGAUUACAGAAAAGCCUUUGAUUACAUCGACCAUGUCAAGUUGUGGAAUAUCCUUAGGAAAAUGGGCACCCCAGAACAUCUCAUUGUUCUCAUGAGAAACCUAUACACAAGACAGGAAGCCACAGUCCAGAUGGAACAUGGUGAAACAGACUGUUUCUAGAUCGGCAAAGGAGUAAGGCAAGGCUAUAUACUUUCUCCUUCUUUAUUCAAUUUAUAUGCUGAACAUAUACUGAGAGAAGCUGGACUGGAAGAAGAUGAGCAUGGUUUUAAAGUUGGAGCAAGAAACAUCAAUAAUCUGCACUACACUGAUGACACCACUCUGAUCGCUGAGAAUGCGGAUGAUCUGCAAGCUCUAAUAAUGAAAGUCAAGGAGCAUAGUGAAAAAAUGGGACUACAACUAAAUGUCAAGAAAACUAAACUAAUGACAAUGGCUACAGCAACCAGUCUCAGAAUUGACAAUGAAGACACUGAAAUGGUGUACACCUUCUUCCUUUUAGGAUCAACUGUCAACAGUAAAGGAUCCAGCAGUCAAGAAAUACACAGCAGACUAGCACUUGGUAAGGUUGCAGUGAAGGCCUUGGAAAGGAUAUUUAGAUGCUGUGACGUAUCUCUACAUGCAUAGGCAUGUUUGGACAAUGGUUUUUCCCAUGACACUCUAUGGAUGCAAAAGCUAGACUUUGAAGAAGCAAGAUAGAAAAAGCAUUGACGCUUUUGAACUUUGGUGCUGGCCAAGACUUUUGAGAAUACCAUGGACAGCCAGGAAAACAAACAAAUGGAUCAUAGAACAAAUCAAUCCUGAAUUUUCACUCGAGGCACAAAUGACCAGGCUCAAACUAUCAUACUUCGAACACAUUAUGCGAUGAUCCAGCUUCCUUGAGAAGUCCAUCAUGCUGGGGAAAGUUGAAGGAAAGAGAAGAAGAGGAAGACCAGCAGCAAGGUGGAUGGACUCAAUUGUGACAGCAAUGAAUGCACCACUGAGAGACCUUAAAGGUCAAGUUGAAGACAGAUCAUCCUGGAGAGAAUCUAUCUAUGUGGUCACUAAGUGUCGACACCGACUUGACAGCACUUAAUCAAUUAAUCAAUAUGACUGACUUGUAAUAUUUUUAAAAUUCAUGAGAAAAAGCAAGUUGAGGGUAUUUAAAGUAGCUGUUGCUCUUGUUAACUGAGUACAUGAGUAUUUCUGUUGUCCUUCACAAUGGCUAGAUCCCAUUCCUGUGGUAUAGUGUACCUACACUUCCAGAAAACAAACUAUCUUUUGUUGUCUUUUGUUAUGUCAAGAAUAUCAAUCUGGAAAAAUCUGAACUACAAUUACAAAUCGCAUUGGUAUCACUUCUUGCUAGGUAACUCAUGUUACAGUGUUACUGUAAUUGGUACCAGGUCUUGGUCAAGUGCUGGUAUUCAUCCCUAUUUAUGUGCUUCUGUCAUUUCCCAUUCUAGGCUGGGUGCUGAAAAUGUAGGCUGUUGACACUGCACUGAUGAUAACUGCAAGCAUUUUUUAAAAAUUACAGAAGAAAAUUAAAAACCAAUUUUGCCAUUUGUAAAUUUAAAAAUAUCAGAUACUGUAGUAAUUCCUGAAUCCAUUUUCCAUGUGUCAAAAAAGAUAUCUACAAUUGUUUCCAAUAAGUAUUUUUUUAAUACUGUGCACGAUCUGUAAAUAUAUCUCUGUAGAUCAGUAAGAAUGGUAAACUCUGGAAUUACCUGUAUGGAGACUGGUUUUUUUUAAAAAGGCUUCUGUUUAGUC